AGUUUUAUUUUAUCCACGCGACACUGGAUUGUAUCAUAGAAGGUUACAAUCGUAAUUUAUUAAAGGCUUCUGUGCAAUUAAUUUCGAAGCACAUCCUUAAUCGGACGUUAACAUAUACACAUAACACCCUUGUAUAUAUUCAGGAUGGCUGCUGCUGCUGAGAUUGCUAAAAUCCCGUGCGAUCCGCACUCAAUCUUCUUCGGACUUAUGGGAGCCGUUUCUUCCAUGGUCUUCUCAAGUCUUGGAGCUGCUUACGGUACCGCACGCAGUGGUGUAGGUAUCAGCAGCAUGGGUGUCAUGCGCCCUGACCUGGUCAUGAGAUCUAUUAUCCCAGUUAUUAUGGCUGGUGUUUUGGGUAUUUACGGACUUAUUAUGGCUGUUAUCAUCGUCCUUAACAUGGGACAUCCCGGGUCAUACUCUGCCUAUGCUGGAUACUCACACCUGUCAGCCGGACUUAUCGUUGGUUUCAGUGGACUGGCUUCUGGUUUGGCCAUCGGUAUUGUAGGUGACGCCGGUGUCAGGGCCAACGCACAGCAAACAAGGCUGUUCGUCGGUAUGGUACUCACCCUCGUCUUCGCCGAAACCCUUGCUCUUUACGGACUUAUUGUCGGUCUGAUCGUAGCCCUUAAGCCCGUUGCCGGUUUGUGCCUCCCCUAUGCCAGCUGAAAACACAAUAAGCAAUUAAUAUUGACUCGAUAGCUUCAU